CGCAGUACUAGGUAGCUCUGGCACUCCAUCUUCACUUGAAUUUGGCCUUUUCUAUCAGUGGUUCUGACUUCUAAGCACAUAAUAAUCGUAGAAAAUAACAUAUCACAAUUCCGAGUCUUGUUGGUUCAAUUUCGUCACAAUGAAUGUGCAAUUAGCAACAUCUGGUGGUGUCCACGAAUGCAGUGUGCCGAUACCUACCGAGGCAUGACGAGAAAACAAGCAUGGUGCGAGAAAUUUGCUUGGUGAAAAGCCUCAAUGGGGGUAAUCAUCCGAGUUCUUAACGUCGAUAUAUCGACCUGCAUCUGCUGUACUAUGUAAGAAUUACCCUUCAUUCCUUGUCGAAAUUUUGCUACAUCCCAGAGUGUCUUGACCAGGAUUGUGCCCCUUCCCCCACAAUCGCACUUUUCUUCUGGUUCUUGGGUUAGUUAAGCCGCUAGUUGAGAUGUUGGUUCAAUUCCCUGUAAAUAUUGACGGCAUAGAUCGAAUGGUACGAUUGUAUCAAAUAUUCUGACGUCCGAGUGAAUCAACCAUCUAGCAUGCAGAUUUUGAUAAACUGUGUAACCGUAACGUUACGCUAGUAAGUCAAUCUGUUGGCCAAUACCAAGAUAAUAAGACUUUGCUCGGCCACAAGAUGUUAGCGGAAUUGACCCCGCUCCUCAAGUACAAGCCAUUCGAAUUGACUAAGUUGAUUCGUUGAGUUGGAGGUCCAUUGAAGCAUCACAUGUUUAGAAUAUGGAGAAAUUUUGUCCGGGCGAGGGGCUCUAGAUGCCUUGCUCCAUACAUUCCUCUUCCAUCGUGGCCACAAAAGCCAGAGGUUUUGGCACAUUUAUCUGCGAAUAGCAGCAUAAUCAAUAUGGGUGACCACACUUCAGUUUCUAGCCAUGAGUCCUUCGUGUCAGUGUCGAAUCAUGAAUCUUUCAUAGGUUCCAUAGACCAAGGUACCACAAGCACAAGAUUUUUAAUCUUCAACAAAGACGGCGAGCCGGUUGCAUCGCAUCAAGUCGAGUUCUCUCAGAUAUAUCCACAAUCAGGGUGGCAUGAACAUGAUCCUCUUGAGAUUAUCGACUCGAUAGAAGUUUGUAUUGAAGGUGCCGUCAAACAAUUUGAGCAACAAGGUCAUUCGGCGAGACAGAUUAAAGCCGUAGGACUCACAAAUCAAAGAGAAACAACAGUCGUCUGGGACCACGAAACAGGAGAACCUCUAGCAAAUGCUAUAGUGUGGACAGAUACCAGAAAUCAGGCAUUAGUCAGAAAGUUGAAAGCUCGACUUGGAUCUAAUCAAUUGCAGGGUCUCUGCGGUCUUCCCCUAUCGACUUAUCAUUCUGUUGGUAAGCUUUUGUGGUUGAUUGAAAACAAUGGCAAAGUUGCAGAUGCAUAUGCUCGAGGUCAUCUUGCGUUUGGUACCGUUGAUUCCUGGGUUAUCUAUAAGCUCAAUGGUGGACCAAAGAAGAAUGUGUUCGUUACAGACCCCACGAAUGCAUCGCGUUCAAUGUUUAUGAAUUUGCAUACUCUCAAGUAUGACGAACAGCUUUUAGAUUUUUUCAGAUUUGAUAUGGAUAAGCUUCAUAGUCUUCCUAAGAUUGUCCGGUCGUCGGAUCGCGAAUCCUUCGGUACUCUUGCAACAGGAAUCUUGAAGGGUGUUCCAAUCACGGGUGUGUUAGGUGAUCAAAGUGCGGCGCUCGUCGGACAGAAAGGUUUCACACCAGGUAGAGCGAAGAACACCUAUGGGACAGGUUGCUUCCUUCUCUACCAUGUUGGCGACAAGCCUGUAAUUUCCACACAUGGGCUUUUGAGUACAGUCGCGUAUGACUUUGAUGGUAAACCGCAAUAUGCUUUGGAGGGAAGCAUUGCGGUCGCAGGCUCCAGUAUCAAGUUCCUUCAAAAUAACCUUGGCUUCGUCGACUCUUCGUCCAAGAUCAGUCAGCUAGCUGAGACUGUAGAAGAUAAUGGCGGUGUCACUUUUGUGACUGCAUUCAGUGGGCUCUUCGCACCAUACUGGUACGACGACGCUCGUGGCACUCUUUUCGGUAUCACAGCAUAUACACAAAAAGGUCAUAUUGCUCGCGCUACUUUGGAGGCGACUUGCUUCCAAACAAAAGCAAUAUUGAACGCGAUGGAAAAGGACAGCGGGAAGAAACUCGCUGAACUCGCCGUCGAUGGAGGUAUGAGUAAUUCUGAUCUCUGCAUGCAAAUUCAAGCCGAUCUUAUUUCGAUCCCGGUUGAACGUCCAAAAAUGCUGGAGACAACAGCAUUGGGUGCCGCCAUCGCUGCAGGUUUCGCAGUGGGGGUUUGGGAAACUUUUGACGAAUUAAAAAAUAUCAAUACUGUAGGGAAAACCGAAUUCCAUCCUAAAAUUACUCCAGAAGAAAGUAAGGAAAAUUUUUCUCGAUGGACGAAAGCAGUUGAAAUGUGUAAAGGCUGGCUUUAGAGAUUGGAAAGUAUAUAUAAGAAGUUUGCAGAUUCUGGAAGCGUAUCUAAGUAGUUUAUAUACCGUACCCGCGUACCUCAGAUGUGGUCGCGGCCCUGUUCAUUUGUUUGUCUCUUUUCACAAAUUCCCACGAAUAAGAUCCUGCCACAAAC